UCAGCAGCCCUCCUCUUCCUUCAGCAGCCCUCCUCUUCCUUCAGCAGCCCUCCUCUUCCUAUUCAACAGACAGUUACCUUAGCCUUUGGGCUCUGAGUGCCUUCAUCAGUGACAGCUGAGUAGGGAUUUUGGAGAAGGAAAGUUUGGACUUUAUUGUGUUCUGCAGAAUUUAACUUGUAGAUCUAGUCCCACGGGAUUUUACUGGGGGAAACUGGAGUGCUAGAGCUAGGUGGUGUUUUUAUGAACACCAGUCACAUUAAGUGUUGGAUUUCAGUUGUCAUUUGGGUGCUUAGACUCUUGCAGAAUUAGCCAUUUGAGCCUGUCUGAUCCUUCUCCGUUAAUGUAAAUGGUAGUUUCACCUGCUUUUCACUAGGUGCACCAAGCCUUUUUUUUGUAGUAAGUUUAUAAUUUUUAAUAUAUGUAUAUGUGUCUCUUAAACCACGGUUUUUCAAAUACAAAAAGCUUAUGCCAGUGGUGUUUUUUCCCAGUCCUUUACAGUCUGUAUAAAUUGGAAAAAUGAUCUAAAAAUAAACUAAUUCAAUAUAGCGAAGUAAAAAGUACUCAGUACUGGAAGAGGAACAAUUAGCUGCAGAAGUGCAAGAUGGGAAACAGCUGACUAGGGAAUAUUUUUUCAACAAAGAAUCAGGGAUUUAUAACAGCUUACAAACUGCAUGUGAGUCAACAGCAUCAGGUUUCUGCCCUAUUUGUUUUGUUGUAUGUGAGCUUUAUCAAAAUCUGUUACUGGCUGUGUUAAAGAAUUCUUGCACUGCACAAUAUUGCCACUUGCUGGCAGCAAGAGUCUAAAAAUGUGUUGAAAGAAAUUCUUUUAAGAUUCUCUUAGGCAAUACCACUGUUAUAUACACACACUCAUGAUAUAAAAAAGAUUUUUAGGCUUGCUGAGGCAUCUGAUUUUCUCCUGCAGAAGCAUUUGAAACAAGGAUAACAAAAAAAGAAGAAAAGAUAUUAAUGGUAUAAAAGUACGUGCAUCUGUUGUAAAGCAGAUCAAGGUGAUUAGAAAAACAGCAGAAAUAUUACUUUUCCAAGAACAGUUAUGGUUUUAUGCUUCUGUUCUCAGUGGAAACUUGGACAUACAGCCUCCAAAGGUACUACAAAGAUUUUGAAGUUUAUGAGGCACGAGCGCUUCGUACCUUGGAAUCUACACUAACACAUAAUCGAAACUGAAAGCGAUAAUGUUUUUUACUAACUGCUUUUUGUAUUGUGUUGUGAGUAUGUCCACUUCCAUUGUUUCUGGACAACAGAAAUUUUUAAUGCUGUUAACACUUCAGGUCAUUGGCAAUAGCAUAAUAUCUUUGACUUUAUAACACAUUUUGUCUGUCUUGUUCUUGCUUUUUUUUCACUACAAGGGAAGUCAACAGCUGAAGUUCAAAAAUUGUGAAUAAAAUAUAUGUUUAGUGAUGAUUUGUAAAGUGAAUGCUGAUUAUGUACUUUUUAGAAAAAGUUGUUCCAUUCCUUUUUUGUAAACGUUUUUUAUGUUUAGAUUUCACAGAAAUUAAGUGAUGAAGAUCUCUCUCCAGAAACAAGCCUGUGUCUAGAUGCAUUUCUGGAGGAGCUAAUAAUGAUUCCAAAAGAACAGACACCGCAAGAUAUAUUUCCACAUGUUUUAGAAGAUUGCCAGAGAACGAGCCUGACGGUUAUUGACACAGAUAACACAGUAAAAGAACAUUCCCUUAAAAAUGAUACAGAUCUCUCAUUGACAUCCUUAGGGACGAUUUUCAUGGAAGCGUUCUCUGAACAGAGAAUACUGACGAGUGAAUUUGAAAUCAGUGAUUUGUUGAAGCCUCUCAGUGAUUCAGAGAGUCCUAAAAUGAUAAACCCGUUGCGUGACGUGUUAGAGUGUCAGGGUCAUGCCUUAUCCAUUGAUACAUCAGCAGAUGAGAAAAGCGAUGCCCUGCCAGUUGAGCUUGUGGCAGCUCUGAACUCCUUGUCAGGAUCUGUAGUACAGGUUGUCGCUCCUGAAGUGCCAAAUGAGAGGCAGCUUAGCACUGAGGAAGAGCAGUUAAAUUUAGAACCCAGUAUUCCCCGGCUAGAUGAUGACUGUACACAGCUAACAAAUACAUUUGAGCCUCAGCUUUCUACAGUUCAGGCAGAAGAAAUAAAAGCCAUAACACGAUCUGACUUGCAGAGGACAACGAAUGAGCAACUUGUGGGUGAUCAGCAGAGAGAGAAAGAGGUAAUUUCAGAUUAUUGGAGUGCCACCUUGCAUGAAAAUUCUACUGAGGAGGGAAGUUCACGUUCACUGGAGACUGACUUGUGUGCAGAAACUACCAAAGCAACAUCAAGGAGAGCAAUGCAGAUAAGGGGGACCUCCUCGAGAAAGCGCAGAGAUCAUGUUUCCAGUUGUCACCAAAUACUACAAGAGACUCAGCAGAGGAUAUCUCACAAUGGCAAUACAACAAGAAACAAAGCUAAGGAUUUUGAAAAAAUUCAGAAGUCUACUUCUAAAGACAAGCAGGAUCUAGAAACCAACAUAUGUCAAAGGAUGAAUGGAAAUAGAACAGCUGAGCAGACAAGGAGAAGCAAAAGAAUCAAAAAGAAAAUUAGACAAGAAGCCUGUAUUAGGAAUUCUCUAAAUCCUGUUUUCCCCAUUUCACUUUCAAGAAUCAAUAGGAGGAAUAUUUUUGGUGAGACUUUACUGCAUAAAGCUGUUGCUGAUGAAGAUAUAGACCUUGUAUGCAAUAUAAUAAAAGCUGGUGCAAACAUAAAUGCUCAGGAUUAUGCUGGAUGGACUGCGCUACAUGAAGCAAGUGUGGAAGGCCUUUAUAGGAUAGCAAACGAGCUUUUGAAAGCAGGAGCCGAUGUGAAUGCUAGAGGAAGCGAACAAAUAACACCAUUACAAGAUGCAGUUAAAGAAGGUCAUUAUGAGAUGGCAGAGUUAUUACUUUGGUAUGGAGCUGAUCCCUUAUUAAAAGAUGAGAUGGGAAGGUGUGCAUUAGAAGAAGCUUCUGACCAGUCUAUGAGGAAACUACUUAAAAGCUAUGUAGCAAAGUACGGAAGAGAUUCAGAAGAGAUAUCAGCUGGAGAGGAUGCAGAGAAUAUGUUAAGUGCUCAAAGUUUAGGUGAUACAAACCUGCACCAGACAGAGUUAAACUCAGAUGGCACAGUUCAGCAUGAUCAUACUGAGGCAUCAAAGGAAGAUUUUGCUAAAAAUGAGCAAAGCGGAAAAACAAAUUUGGUGACACACACAGAAAGUACAGUUCUUCAGGAUUUGGAAGGCAGAAGACUGAAUGAAAAAAAUUUGAAACAUAAAAGUCUAGAGUCAAAAAAGACAAAGAAAUCUGUUAUUGAUAUGGCAGAGGCUGCAGCCAAGAGUAAAAUUACUCAGAAAGGUACUAAACAUGGGACAUAUGUAUCUUCUUUAGGUCCCUCUACAAACCAAGGAACAAUUGAAAUACAGAAAGCAUUUUUCUCUGGUGUUGGACCUAAUGAAAUGGGCUUCAAUGCUGAUGUUUCUGAUCAUAAUUAUUGCAGCACAGUUGAUGCUGAAGGAAAUUUGAGCUUGCUAAAUCAGGCGGAAAUGCAAAAGGAACAUGGAUUCCAUAGUGGUAACAAUGAAAAUCCGUUUACAGAAGAAAAGAAAAGAACCGAUGAAAGCACAGCAACUUCUGUCAUAAAAAGGGAGGAGAAAACCAGUUUACAUUGCCCCACAUCAUCGAUCUCUGCAGAAGAAAUGUCUGUGAAGCAUUCUCAGACUAUUGAUUUAACAGAACCUGAUUCUCAGUCAAUGCUGUCUUUGAAUUCAUCUCAUAGUGUGUCACUUUUGAAGUUACAACAGGAAAUCAAGAGUUAUGAUAGUGAUCAGCAUAGUCUCAAGCAGAGUGGCAAAGACAGCUUGACUGGCAGAAAUCUAAAUACUGAUAUGAGGAUACCUUCAGAACAAAUUAUUUCUUUGAAACACUUGACAAAUCAAGUUAAAUCUGAUGUUGAUGGAAACAAAAUUAAUGGAGAGGCUCUAAAUUUAAAACUCUCCUUGCCCCUGUUGCAAGAGGUUUCCUUACAGAUAAAUGAGUCAGAAUCAGCAUGUGCAAGUCUUACUGAUUCAGAGCGCACAGAUAUAUUGCAACAGACUAUUGGAAAUGAGGUGCAAAACACUUGCACAAAUAUAUCUGCAGACGGAAACAAUUGUGCUGAAGAAACACUUCAAACAAAUACAGAAACACUGUUAGCACAUGAACUUUUAGCAACUACCAACGGAGAAUGUGUUUCCAAAAGUUCUGUAAAUUGUAGCAGUGGAGUGCUAAGCACCAUUGAACAAAAGGCUCAACAACCAGAGGAGGGAAGGAGGGUCCUGCUUAAUACAGAAGAAAGUGCUGAAGGGUUUCUCACUGAGACAACUGAAAAUGCUAGCAAUUCAGAGAUCACGUCUACAGCUUUACAACUCCAUGAAAAGGAAGCACUUCAAAUUCAAAGAAAGAGACAGGAUCUUCAUGAUACCAAAAUGCAAAUCUGCUUUGUGGGUGGUAUUAAUGCAGACAAGGAGACUCCUUACUCAUCUCAAAUUAUGCAAAGUACAGAGCAGGAAACCCUCCAGAAAAUAGAUGAAGGAGUGUUUGCUGAAAUAAGUGGAACUGAAGGCACUGAAAAAAAUGAAGAAGAAAGAAACGCAAAGAGUGAUGUGCUCUCACAGUUUACUGAAACAGAAGCAGUCCAAACUAAAAGAGUAAAAUUAGACCCUCAGGAGACAAGACAAAAGACAGAUUUGUGUUCCAGGAGCAGUAAAAGCAAGCUUUCAUUGAAUCAAUCACAGUUCAGCCAAAGAUCAAAAGGGCAAACAUCGAAGAAAUCAGGUGAAAGAUUAAUGAUAUUUUAUAAAGGCAGGGUUUUUUUUCUUGUUUAUAAUGAAAUAGUUUUUAUUGUUCCUAAUGAGAAUCCAAUAUGUUUAGAAUCAUCCAAAAAAGAAGCUGUAAUUUUACAUGUCGCCUAUAAUACAAGAGCUUGGACAAAGAAGAGAAAUGCGAAAGGGGAAAAUCAGCUGCAUAUUGCUGCUAAGAGAGGAGAUUUGUCUUUGGUGAAAACUCUAAUAUCGUCUGGAAUUUGUGUCAAUGAAAAGGAUAAUGCAGGCUGGACAGCAAUUCAUGAAGCUUCCAACAGGGGAUUUACUGAAGUGAUCUUAGAGUUGCUGAAAGCUGGUGCUAAUAUUAACAGUAGAAGUCUGGAUGGUACUUUGCCAAUACAUGAUGCUGUUUCUGGCAAUUAUUUGGAGGUAGUGAGAAUUCUACUACAGCAUGGAGCAAAUCCCCAUGAGAGGGAUGAUUCUGGUGAAACUGCUUUGGAUAAAGCUUGUGACCAUGAAAUGAAAGAACUGCUUAAGUCUUAUGGUGCUAUUGACUCUGGACUUCCUGUUAAAACUACUGGGAUUACAGCUUUGGUGCCACAACAUGAGAAAUACAAUGUGCAUGAGUCUGUCGCUGCCAUACAAGAUACAGAACAGAAGCAAAAAGAACUGUUCCUACUUGAACUGAGAACUUCCAAAGAUGCAGAUGCAUAUAUCCAAAAGCUGUCUCAGAUACAAGAUACUUUGAAUGAAAUGCUUGCAAAACAGAAAACAGAAAGGGAUGCCCUUGCUAAAAAAUACAGGGCUUCAGUGGAAUCUUUUAAAAAAGGAGCACUGAGGGAACAAUUAGUUAAGCUUGCUUCUAGGCAAAAGAGUUUGUUGAUUGUUGCCCAGAACCAGAAGGAAUUAGUCCAGAAAAUACAAAAUUACAGAAAAGAAAAGCAAGUAUAUUCAACACAUUCAAAGAAACAGAUCUCAAACGCAGCUAUUUGCUAUGGAAAUGGUAAAGGACAAGAUUUAACUGCUGAUAAAAUCACGUGUCCUGAUGUAGUUACAUUUAGUAGAGGGCCUGGUGCCAGCAUGCCUAAUGGAAACGGAGUAGAAGCACAUCUCUCUUUAGAAAAUAGAUUUUCAGCUCAGGAAUGCAGCCAACAUCCAAACAGCUGCUUGGCUGAGACAGGAGCAAAUAAAGAAGCAAUUAGAAGCAAAGGGGUUUCUGAUCAUGCUUUGGCAUCUGAAACCAGGGUGAGAGAAUAUCCUUUCCAUAAUAUGUCAAAGUUGACAAAUGCUGUAGAAGUAGUGACAUUGCCUUCAGAACCUAAUGUUUUCACUACUGAAACAAAAUGCCCACAGCAAAAAUGCAUUGAUUGUGUAGCAAUUGCAAAACAAGGAGACAGCUCUCUAUACCCCACUUCAGUGACCAAGACAUUAAAUAUUUCAGAAGCCCAAAGCGCUGUCAUCAGUAACAAUGUCUGUCAGCCAACCAGUGACUGUGAGCGGGUUCUUACUGUUGAGGACCUGCACAGUUAUGUAAAUAAGAAAGAAGCUUUCCUCCAGCAGCAGCAGCAGCAGCAAGUGACUGCGUCAGCAUCCACAGAGAACUUGCCUAAUACUCUGCAGCAAAUGAUCUUUCAGAGUAGCGUUGAAUCAUUUAAUGCCAACUCAGUGAUUACAAGUCUUGUCUCAAAUAGAGAUUAUCCAAUAAACCUCAACCAGAAAUCUUCCUCCCAGAGCUGUAGUAAACAGCAAUAUGAACAAAAACAAUUGAAGUACAGACGAAAUAAUAGGAAAAAACUUCAAUUGAUAGAUCUACUUGAAUUGGGAAGGAUUAAGCCAGGAGAAAAUGUUUUAGAAUUCAAACUUCAGGAAUUUAGUCACAAAGCCACGCUCUUGGAGGAUGGCAAGAUCAAAACCAAUAACAGCAGAAUACUUCAGAAUCCAGUUCAGUGGGUUAAAGAACUACUAGGAAGUGAUAUUUCAGUGACCUGGAAGUAUGUGUGGAAUAAGGUUACGUAUCUUGGGACACAGUUGUCAAAAUUUCUUGUUGAAGAAGUGUCUAUUUCUGAUGACCUGGAAUUACCAUCACAACAAGGAGAGCCUGUGGGCUCUUCUGUCCAGUUCAACUCAGCAAAUCUGAUGCAUUUUCUUCUAUUCAAUGAAAUAGUAAUAGUGCAUAAAGAUGAGUUUCUACCGUGUCAUAUAAUGGAAAAACAUUGGAAUUUCUACAAAGAAUGUGAAGAUUUUGGAUUUUAA